UUCACUCAGCUACAGAGCCAUACCACAGAGAUCCAAAGCAAGCAACCAAACACAAACAACCUAAUCACAAUGUCCAACCGCGCCGAGAGAUUCGCUGAAGACGAUUACGAGCGUGAGAAUGACUUCUCCGCUCCCGUCUCAGGCGAGUAUGAGGACGACUCCUACGCCCAUGAAACUGGCACGCAGGGGUUCUCUAAGGGGAUCCCUGUGCAGAGCGACGACGCAGCCUACGACGAUCCCAUGCAGCCGCCGUUUUCGAACAGCAACCAGCAACUUGAGCAAGACGAACGCGAGGCUAUAGACAAGUCCAAUAUCAUUAGCGGCAAGGGCAGGUCGCUUCGUCACUCCAAACCCCAGGCUCCCAGCGGAUACAGUGAGGGGCCGGACGAGGAUGAUCUGCCUGCUGAAGCGUUCAACACUGGACGUUCUGAUAUGAAGCGGAUUUCGUGAACGAAGUUGGAUUCAUUUCUUGCUAGUCAAAAUCUGUUCUAAUGACAGCUUAAUGUGUAUAAGUUCGAACAUGUUAACAUGUAUUGAAUAUGUUGUGAUUUCGGGUGGUCCCUAAUUCCCUUCACCAAAGUGGCCAAUGGCUGAAAUUAAGGAAGAAUUCUUGAGUGUCGCCGUUACUUUCUCGUAGAAGAUGUCACUCGUGUUAGAUAUAUUGCCAACCUGUGAGACUGGCCAAUAUCCGGGCGGCUUCCAAGUUGGGAAUGGGAUGUGCCAUUGUUGCGGUUGAGCAACAGGCAAGGUUUUAUGGCCAC